GGGCCCCCGGCGCCCCCUGCCGAUGAGCGGAUCUCCGGACCCCCGGCCAGCAGCGACAGGCUGGCAAUCCUAGAAGACUAUGCGGAUCCUUUUGACGUUCAGGAAACUGGUGAAGGCUCAGCAGGAGCUUCAGGAGCCCUGGAGAAGGUCCCCGAAAAUGACGGCUACAUGGAGCCCUAUGAGGCCCAAAAGAUGAUGGCUGAGAUCCGGGGCUCCAAGGAGACAGCAGCUCAACCCUUGCCUCUGUAUGACACACCCUAUGAGCCAGAAGAGGACGGGGCUACCCCGGAGGGUGAGGGGGCCCCCUGGCCCCGGGAGUCCCGCCUGCCAGAAGAUGAUGAGAGGCCCCCCGAGGAGUAUGACCAACCCUGGGAGUGGAAGAAGGAGCGGAUUUCCAAAGCCUUUGCAGUUGACAUUAAGGUCAUCAAAGACCUACCUUGGCCUCCGCCUGUGGGACAGCUGGACAGCAGCCCCUCCCUGCCCGACGGGGACAGGGACAUCUCCGGUCCAGCCUCGCCCCUCCCAGAGCCCAGCCUGGAGGACAGCAGCGCCCAGUUUGAAGGAUCGGAGAAGAGCUGCCUGUCACCUGGCCGGGAAGAGAAGGGGCGGCUACCUCCCCGACUCUCUGCAGGGAACCCCAAGUCAGCCAAACCCCUAAGCAUGGAGCCCAGCAGCCCCCUGGGGGAGUGGACAGAUCCAGCACUGCCUCUGGAAAACCAGCUGGUAUCACGGUGCCAUCAGCCGAACCGAUGCCGAGAACCUGCUCCGGCUGUGCAAAGAGGCCAGCUACCUGGUGCGCAACAGUGAGACCAGCAAGAAUGACUUCUCCCUCUCCCUCAAGAGCAGCCAAGGCUUCAUGCACAUGAAGCUGUCCCGGACCAAGGAACACAAAUAUGUGCUGGGCCAGAACAGCCCGCCCUUCAGCAGCGUUCCUGAAAUCGUGCACCACUAUGCCAGCCGCAAGCUGCCCAUUAAGGGGGCCGAACACAUGUCCCUGCUCUACCCCGUGGCCAUCCGGACUCUUUAGAUGUGAAGCCGGGGCGCUUUGCUGGACCCAACCCUAUGUCUGUCACCUGGCUGAGGGCUGUGGCUUCCCCUUUUCCUGGGAUGGAGUAGAAGCUGAAAAUUCCUUAAUUUAUUUUAAAGGGGAAAGGCUCCGGGGGCCGUGGACUUACGGGGGUUGUCUGGAGCUGGGUGUACAGGAAAUCCUGGAGAGAAAAGACAGCCCUGGAGGAAGGGGGACUCCAGAGCCACAGCCCUGGAGAGUUUAAGAUUGGCAGUUCUAAGCCCCAAGGCCGAACCUAGGGCAGAGGUGUCAACCUCCUUCACCACCACCCUCUCCUCGCGGAGUCAGCCCGGGAUGGACCAGGAUGUGGCUUCACAGGGCGCCGGUCCGUCUCUCUGCCCCCAUGCCCGCCCUCCACCCCUAAAUCUCCGGAGGGCUCUACCCAGAGCCUGGUGCGGACUUGGGGAAGAUAGGUCCCUGGGAGGGAUACGGCUUUGGGGGGAUGGGAGGCGGGGAAGGGCUCGGGCUGCCCCGGCCCCGGGCCAGAGGCAAUAAAUAAACCCAGCCCUGCCGGGCGCAGCCGCGUCUGCGCCUCCCGCGCUGCCCCCGCG